CACCGAUGUUGGGUUUUUAAAACGCGUGUGCAUGCCAAUAAAUUCUCUGACACUACUGUAUGGUACAGUAAGAUGGAAACGUUGUGAUUACGGCUACGAAGAUAGAAGCGGGAUUAUCGCGAGUUCGUUCGAUUCCACGUUUAUUUAUGAGAAUUGUGAGCAGGCUCGACGUCGGAUCGCGUGAUUAAUUCGUGGACGCUGCAUCGUUGAUCGAUAUCUAGAUAACGUAUUCUUAAUAGACUGUAAACAUGUCUGAUGAAAAGAAGGAGACUAAAGCAGAAUCUGAGCACAUAAACUUAAAAGUCUUGGGACAAGACAGUGCAGUGGUUCAGUUUAAAAUUAAAAAGCACACACCCCUCAGGAAGUUGAUGAACGCUUACUGUGAUCGUGUGGGUCUGGCGAUAGCAGCAGUGAGAUUUAGAUUCGACGGACAACCUAUAAAUGAAUUAGACACACCGACAACCCUUGAAAUGGAAGAAGGAGAUACAAUAGAAGUUUAUCAGCAACAGACAGGAGGAUUCUGUUGAGAUUUAAGAUUAUCAAUCAAUAGUUUAAAAAUGGACUCAAUAAGAAAGAAACUUCUGUUUUAGUGCUUUCUUCCAAAAAAUAUUGAUCGACGUUAACUAUAAAUUCUUUCUUACAAAAGAACGAUUAAUUUUCAUACUGCAAUGUGGAGAAGUUGUUUGAACUUUUUAUAUGUAUCAAAUUCUACAUCUAGACCCAUUCAGGAUCUACUUGUUCGUAGUAUCUCCGAGAAACAAUUUUUUACGUACAUUUUGUAUCGUUUUAUCAUCAUAUGAUCUAACAACUUGACGUUUGACCGUAUUCUUACUGAAACUGAUUGCUUUUUUGUCUUCUUUAUAAAUGAAUUAGGAAAAUUAUUUUUGUACGCUUUCAACUUUGCAUUAAUUUGGCUGACGAUAUUGGGGAACAGGCUUGUGUUACUAUUAGCGGUAUACGUUGCAAACAGAGACUCGUUGGAUCUCUCGCAUUUUGCACUAUAUAGAAAAAAAGAGAACAUCUACACACAUCGUACGAAACAUGUACUACUUACCGAAACGUAAAAUACUUUGUAAAUGACUUUGAGAAGAAAACAGAAAUACAAUGUCUCAGAUUAUCUUAAUAAAAUUCAUGUUUUUUAGGCCCGUUCGAAAUGUACAGAUAGGCAAUAACAAAGAGAAUUAAUGAAAAUAUUGUUUUCAUAUUUAAUAAUGUAACUAUUUUUAAAAUAUUCAUAAAAUCGAA